CCUCUCCCCCUAUCAUCUAAACCAUCACUGCAACAAAAACCGACACAAAAUUCACACACAUACACACACUCACAAACACACACACACAUCCGUCGCACCGGCCCCGAAACCCUCGGUCGCCGUCCUGCGAUGAAUAGCGGCACACCGUCGUUCCACCACCGCCGCCGCCGUUGCACUCUCUUCUACUCUCUGUAUCUAAUUCCUUUAUUCUUUUUCACUGCCGCGGUCUCCGCCGUAGAUCAGCUGCCGCUGGUGGAUAACGGCGACGGCUUUGUUAAUAACGCCACCGUGAAUGGCUCUGCUACGACGGAUAGAGACCGGAGCUUCGCCGGCAUGAUCGAUCGGGCUCUGGAGAAGGAGUUUAAUGAGAGUGAUCAGAACGAAGAAAAUGAUGCAGGCAGCUUCAAUAACAGUGUUGCUGGGCAACAGGCUGUAUUGGAAACUGUGGCUAGGGUUAAGUCUAAGAAAAACGACACAAAGGACGAGAAGUCCUUUCAACUUCAUCAUGUUUUCAAUAUUGAUAGUGACAAUGGAGCAGAAGAGACACCAACACUAAUUGAUAGAAAGGAUAAUGUUUUUAUAAUAUCCAAUUUCAAAUCAAAAUAUCCAGUGCUACAAUUAGAUUUGAGGUUAAUCUCUGAUCUUGUUGUUGUCAUUGUAUCUGCCACUUGUGGCGGCAUUGCCUUCGCAUGCGCUGGACAGCCAGUUAUUACUGGAUAUUUGCUGGCAGGAUCUAUUGUUGGGCCUGGUGGACUGGAUGUAGUCAGUGAACUAGUUCAAGUUGAGACAGUAGCGCAGUUUGGUGUAAUUUUUCUUCUUUUCGCUCUGGGGCUGGAGUUCUCAAUGGCAAAACUUAAAGUUGUUCGAGCUGUUGCUGUUCUUGGAGGACUGCUUCAAAGUUUUCUAUUUAUGUGCGUAUGUGGAAUUACAGCCUCUUUAUGUGGCGGUAAAUCUUCUGAGGGCGUUUUUGUUGGUGUGCUUCUUUCAAUGUCGUCAACAGCAGUGGUCCUGAAGUUUUUGAUGGAGAAGAAUAGUGUCAAUGCCCUUCAUGGACAAGUUACUAUUGGGACCCUCAUCUUACAGGAUUGUGCAGUGGGUUUGCUGUUUGCUCUUCUUCCAGUCCUUGGUGGAACUUCAGGUGUUUUACAAGGAGUAAUAUCCAUGACUAAAUCGCUGGUGGCGUUGGUUGCAUUUUUGGCAGUCUUAUCAGUAUUAUCAAGAACGGGCUUACCUUGGUUCCUUAAAUUGAUGAUAAACCUCUCCUCACAGACCAAUGAACUGUAUCAGCUAGCAUCUGUUGCAUUUUGCCUGCUGGUAGCCUGGUCUAGUGAUAAGCUGGGAUUAAGUUUAGAACUGGGCUCAUUUGCUGCUGGAGUUAUGAUAUCAACAACCGAUCUUGCUCAACAUACACUUGAACAAGUCGAACCAAUACGAAAUUUCUUUGCGGCUUUAUUUCUUGCUAGCAUUGGAAUGCUGAUUCAUGUUCAUUUUCUGUGGAACCACAUUGAUAUUCUGUUAGCCUCUGUUCUGUUGGUUGUUAUUGCCAAGACAGUUGUCAUUUCUGUAGUUGUCAAGGGUUUUGGCUACAACAACAAAACUUCUGUUCUUGUUGGGAUGUCUUUAGCACAAAUAGGAGAGUUUGCUUUUGUCCUUCUCAGUCGUGCUUCUAAUCUUCAUCUAGUUGAGGGGAAGCUGUACAUGCUGCUUCUUGGAACCACGGCUCUUAGUCUGGUGACAACUCCAUUGCUUUUCAAGAUUAUACCGGCCGUAGUGCAUCUUGGUGUUCUCUUGCGAUGGUUCACCCCUGAUAGUCAAACCGAGAUGGGCUUCAAAGUAGACGGGCUCCGUUCAGAUAGCGCGAAACAACGAAUCGCUUUAAUUGCCAAGGAUCUUUUGAUCCAUGAAGGAUAGCUACAGGCCGUUGUCUCAAAGUCUGAUGGGUACAAAUGUCGGGUUUUCAAGUGUAGUUAAGAAUAUGAAUCAGGUGACAACGUGCGUGUCUUUUUGCAAGUGUCUACAGAAGAAGAAACCUGUUUUCCUCAGAAUGGGGAAAACGGGUCUCGAGGGUUAAUCUAACCGAUAGUUAACUAACAGGUGUGAAGCUUCUUCUUUGUUGGUUUGUAAUGUAACAUAGUUGUAUGUACACGGGGUGAACAAGAGGAGCGGGUUUUGUGUAAUUUUUGAAGGGUCAAUUCUUUGAUAUAGUUGUAAUCGUUGCUUAAAUCUACCACAUUUCCAUACUAAUCUGUGAGUUGCCAUGACAUUUAGAAUACUAUGGCUCUUCUUUCUUUCUUUUUUCUUUGUUUGAAUCUUUUCAUGUUCUUUUUAUUCAA